CUACCCCCCAUCCCACUGUUACAUUGCCCACACAACAACAGGCCACGAGGGGUCAUUUCUAAUUUUUUUUUUCCUGAUUUGUAUCAGGAAAUUUGCUUGGACAACUUGACCUUUAAGGUUCUCGGUAAACUGGCAUUGAAGACAAGAUCUCUACCCAACGUCUUCAGACAACUGGGAAAUUAUAUUGGCCGUCUGUCUUUGUUUCUUCGCCCAGCAACUUCCAGGUUGAACGCCUUUACCUACCAGCGAAUGUUGAAGAGAAGCUUACAAUUAUGGAGAACUCAAUGGUAACAGACGACCUCUCUUGGUCAAUUGUUGACACUAUCAAGCAAUCGCCACCCGUCGAUGUCAAAGCUCCUUACGACACCAAGUCCCUCGCCGGCAAAACCAUCCUGAUCACCGGCGGGGCAUCCGGUUUCGGUGCCGCUUUCGCCCGCAAAUGGGCCCAACACGGCUCCCAUAUCAUCAUCGGCGACGUGAAUGACUCGGCCGGCGAGGACCUCAUCGCCGAGCUCCGCUCCCUCCGCGGGUCCUCCAAGCACCACUACUACCAGCACUGCGACGUGACCAAAUGGGAAGACCAAGUCUCCCUCUUCAAGAUGGCCGCCCGCGCUAGUCCCACCCGCGGGAUCGACGCCGUCGUAGCCAGUGCCGGAAUCAGCGAGCAUGGGGACGUAGCUUCCGGCGCCCCGGGCGUCUUCGACAACCCCUCCGAUCUGGAUUCCGAUUCCCUCCCUCCCCCGCCACCGCCCUUAAACGUCCUCAAUGUCAACCUGACAGGCGUCAUGUACACUACCCACCUCGCUCUCUUCUGGCUUCCCCGCAACGGCGGCGUCUCCCGCCUCGAUCUCCUAGAUGACACCACUGCUGCUGACGAUGGCCGACCGAUUCGUGACCGCCACCUCCUUCUCGUCUCCUCCAUCGCCGGCCUUGCACCCCUCCCUGGCCAAACGGAGUACACUGCCUCCAAGCACGGGGUGCUCGGUCUCUUUCGCUCGCUAAGGGCGACCUCCUGGACGAAGGGGAUCCGAUGCAACGUGCUUUGUCCGUACUUUGUCGAUACCCCCAUCGUUCCCUGGCGCGCCCUGGCGCUGUUGGCGGGUGGGCCGAAGGCGGAGAUUGAGGAUGUGGUGGAUGCGGCGACGAGGUUGAUGGCUGACGAGGAGGUGGUGGGGAGGGGGUUGCUUAUUGGGGGGAGGCAGCGGGUCGUGGGGGGGAAGUUGGUGGUUGUUGAUGCUGAAUAUGCUGAGGGCGAGGGAGGAGAUGGGGAUGAGGAUAGGGGAAUUAGGAAUUCGCCUAGUGCUGUGUGGGAGGUGCAUGCGCAUGAUUAUGAGAUGGUGGAGGUUUUCGUUUAUAGGUUUGUCAAAGUUUUGAACAUGGUGAGGACGAUCAGGGGGUGGGUUGAAACGCUAAAAGAUCUGUGGGCAAUUUAUUUGAGUCGGGGGAGAGGUGGAGGAAGGGCGGCGAAGGCGAAGGCAAAGAAUGCAGUGUUGUAGGGGAAGUGAAGUUUGGUCAGGGUGAUCCUUAUGCUAUGGCUUUCAUGACCGACGGCGGCGGCAUUUGAGACAGUUCUUUGAGUGGAUGUGGUUCGUGGAGAGGUCUACUUUAGUCUCUUGGUUUACGGGGCUUCAGGGUUCACAGUCUUUAUUUAUGCAAAGAAAAAGAGAAGAAAACAAAAAGGCCGGAAAUUUAAAGAAAAACCUGACGAACAGACAGAUGAACGGACGGACAAAUCAAACAGGAUGAGCGGGAACAAGGAGCACCAUUUUUGAAUUAUCCCUCUAACAAACAGAUUUUGAAGUCUAUAACGCAUUAUUUGUUCAGCCAGCCAGGUGCUAAUUAUACAUAACACGAGUCCUUGGAAAUAAAAAUGCGUGACAUGGGA